AUGCAGUCGUAUGCUGUGUCAACGAUGCCGCCACCGGUUGUGUACACGGACGAAUCAUUUAAUCACCACCACUACAAGUGCCAUAAUGACAGUCUCUACGACCCAAACUACGCCUUUGACAAUGCCACGAAGGAGAGGCACAAGUGUCAGCGUCAUUGCUUAAUUGCGGGAAUCUUGGACUCGGCAACCAUGGACAGCAAGCUUCUGGGCCUCAACAUCUUCACUGGCGGCAAAGCAAGAGGCAAUGAGCCCAAGGACUACCAUGGCAAAUUUCUCUCGGAGAUGGACCAGCUGCAUUUGACCAACGCACUGAUCGUCAUGGAUAAUUCAAUAUACCACAAAGGUCGCCCUGGAGACACUCCAUCAAGCAGAAUGCGAAAGAAGCGUUUGCAGGACGAAUGUGUGCGAUUUGGCAUCGAAUUCGACGAGUUUGACUACAAGAGCAUCCUGUGGGAGAAGCAGUCGCAGUAUAUUCACAAGCACAUCGAUCCGGCCGUAGGUGACAUGGCAAAGAAGCGUGGCCACACAUUUGUAUUUACUCCGCCGCACCACUCUGAUGAUAUUUGCAGCCCAAUGAGGUGGUUUGGGCCAUUGUCAAAGGUGAAGUUGGCCGUCGUUAUGACAAUAAAACCAAGUUCGCAGACGUCAAGAAGUGGAUUGAAGCGGUACUUGCUGCUUUAA